AUGGGCGCCUCCGAUUGGCGGAGGACGCUGUCAGUCCGAGGGUCGGGGCUACGGCUCGACGUAACGGACGCGGCUCUGAUUGGUCGGACGCAUGGAGGGGCGGGACCUGGUCUUUUGUCACUUCGUAGCCGGGGGAGGCGUGUGGUUGUGCGUGUGGCAGAUGUCACGGCGCAGGGCGGGCGGGUGUACAUCAAGGUGCAGGGCGACUGGCUGCCGGACGUGUGGUCGGGCGGCUCGACGCGGUGCCUGGAUGCUCGGCGCCCCCAGGGUUUAGAAGCCGUUGCUGAGGAAGACCACAUGAUGGGGCACAACAAGGAGAAGCGUUAUGAGUGCGACGUGUGUGACAAGUGCGGGAGCACUGGCGGGUGCACAGCAGUGAGCGGCCCUUCACCUGCUCCGACUGCGAAAAAGGCUUCGUCGUCCAAGGACCUGAAGGUACACAGGCGCGUGCACACCGGGGAGCGCCCGUACACUUGCAGCGACUGCGGCAAGGGCUUCACCCAGUCUUACUACCUGCUGAAGCACCAGCGCACCCACACCGUCGAGCGGCCCUUCACCUGCGCCCUGUGCGGCAAGGGCUUCUCAUGCUCUACCAGGCUGCUAUCCCACCAGAGGGUGCACACCGUCGACCGUCCCUUCACCUGCAACGACUGCGGCAAAGGCUUCAAGUCGUCCAUGAACCUGAAGGUGCACCGGCGCCUGCACACCGGCGAACGGCCCUACACCUGCGCACAGUGCGGCAAGGGCUUCACCUGCUCCACCAGGCUGCACUACCACCAGCAGGUGCACUCCGGCGCCCGUCCCGUCCCCAGCCCGGUGUGUGCAGAGCGCUUUACCAUGGCCUCGCACACCCUGUCUCACCAGCACGUGCACACCAGUGGCCAGCCCUAUGACUGCCCGUACUGUGGUGAGACGUUUGACAGCACGCGGGGGUUGCAGCAGCACCGGCGGACCCACGCCGGCGACCAGCUGCUCCCACUAUGGCAAACGUUUCAAGAGCGCACGUGGGCUGCGGGAGCACCAGUGUGA